GUCUUGACGACCGCAGCAAGAUGGCGACGCUGCGGGGAAGGGUGCUGGGGUCCGACCCCGGGGCGCUAAGCCCUGCGCAGCUGGAGCAGCUGCGAAACUUCAAGAUUCAGACUCGGAUUGCUAACGAAAAGUACCUGAGGACCCACAAAGAAGUGGAGCUGCUCAUAAGUGGCUUCUUCAGAGAAAUGUUUUUGAAGAGACCAGACAACAUCCAAGAAUUUGCUGCAGACUAUUUCACGGAUCCAAGACUUCCCAACAAGAUUCACAUGCAGCUAAUUAAAGACAAGAAAGCAGCUUAAUUAGCAAACUCGUGAUGCUCAGCUGUUGCGAGAGACCAGACAGAAUCCAGCCUCGGGGGUCAUCUGGAAGCAUGAGGGCCGUGUUGCCAUCAGUGUGGGUUUCCAAGCUGCCUUGAGCUCUGUCUGCUGUCGCAUAGGCUUUUAAAGAUCCUCAUUAAAAACAGACCUUCCUGUGC